GCGGGCCGGAGCGCGAGGCCGGCGGCGGGAGAGCGGCCCGGGCGGCCGCGGGAGCCGCGGGAGGAGAUCCUCAGCUCCGGUUCUGAGAUGAUGGGAUUAGGAAGCGGGCGUCGAAGCAUGAAGUCGCCGCCCCUUCUGCUGGCCGCCCUGGUGGCCUGCGUCAUAGUCCUGGGCUUCAACUACUGGAUUGCCAGCUCCCGGAGCGUGGAUCUCCAGACGCGGAUCGUGGAGCUGGAAGGCCGGGUCCGCCGAGCGGCCGCCGAGAGAGGCGCCGUGGAGCUGAAGAAGAACGAGUUCCAGGGCGAGCUGGAGAGGCAGCGGGGACAGCUGGACAGGAUCCAGUCCAGCCACAGCUUCCAGCUGGAGAGCGUCAACAAGAUGUGCCAGGACGAAAAGGCGGUAUUGGUGAAUAAUAUCACCACGGGCGAGAAGCUCAUCCGAGUCCUCCAAGACCAGUUCAAGACCCUGCAGAGGAACUAUGGCCGGCUGCAGCAGGACAUCCUCCAGUUCCAGAAAAACCAGAGCAACCUGGAGCGGAAGUUCUCCUACGACCUGAACCAGUGUAUCAGUCAGAUGAAAGAGGUCAAGGAGCAGUGUGAAGAACGCAUCGAGGAGGCCACCAGGAAAGGGAGCGAAGGCGCGGCUGCCAGAGACCCCCGGGACAAGAAAGAGCCGAGUCCGCAGCUGCAAGCUCUGAGCCAGCCUCAGCCCCGGCCACAGGAAGCUGGCCCGCCGCCGGCAGAGGUGCAGCCGGGGGAAGGAGCGGCACCCCAGCCCUCAGCCCCCAGCCUGCAGGGGGCUUCAGACUUGAAGAGCCCAGGAGGGAAAGAGGACAGCAACGCCGCCCAGGCGGCCAGCGAGGAGGAGCCCCCGAGGGGCAGCCGGGGGCGGCGGCCGGAGCCGGGCCCGACCCCGCGGGCGCCCGUGGACCCUGAGGAGCGGGACCAGCUCGUCGUCGUCCACGACGGGCAGGACGAGGGGCCGGAUGAGGAGCCGGGCGCCGCCGACGCAGGGCAAGGCCAGCCAAAGGCGGGAGGGGACGACUACCGCGAAGACGAGAACGAAGCGGAGUCGGAGACGGACAAGCAGGCCGCCCUGGCUGGGGGUGACCAGGGCCCCGGCGGCGUUCAUGCUGAAGAUCAGAAAAGAGACGGCAUGAACUCACGGGAGCAGCAGGACAAGCAGAACCGUACUCUCUGAGUGGAGCUGGAAUGGGACCCCACAGAGCUCGCUGCAGAACUGUGCUAAGUACAGUGUGCACGAAGGCUGACCCCUGUGUGCGUCACAGGAAGCAGCCACUGCCUUCUAGACAGUUUUGUGGGGGUACUUGGGAAGCGUCCGUAAUAGGAGGUAGAAGUCUGAAAACUGUUCACUAGUAAGCUUUUCGUGAGAAGAGCUACACCAAAAGUAGAACACGAGUUCUCCAUAGUGUGUUCUGGGACAUAACUGUGUAUAAGCGGCAGCCUGGCCGACGCCUGCGUGCGCUCACUCCCAGAGCACCGACUGGAAGCACAAGCAACCUUGGAGACGGGUUCCAACAAGGCCUCCACAAAGCUGACCUAGGCCAGGGUCCUCAGACUACUUUUGCAGUAGCCCUUGUCAUUCUUAAUGAACAUAAUGCUAGUGCCUGGUAAUCUGAACACUUGUGGAUGCUAGUUUGACCUGUGUGGGCAAAGCUAGCCUCAUCUAGUAAGUCCGGUUACCAGGAAUGGGCAAAAUGGGCCACGGCCCAGCUGCCGCCUGCCGUACCUCCUUUAUACUGGAGUUAAAGGGAGCAUCACUGAUGACACAGCAUAUAUAUAUGGUGUCACAAACUGGAAAUGUUUAGACAGGCAGGAUUAAUGGAAUAGCUUGUUACAGUUUACCCAGUUUAUGCUCACAAAACAUUUAAAAGUAAUUCACAGUAGUUAUGGCAUUAAGUUUGGCUAUGGAGGGCCACUAGCCUGUCACCACUGUGCGAUGGCAGAGCCAUAGGACUGGGGAGGCAGGGCCACUGGCCACUUGGUGUCACCUCUUGUUCUCAGAGGACAGUGGGGCCCAGAGGUCCUGGAGCUUCUAGCAGGUGAGCUGCGGUGCCGUCAGCUCGGUGGCCCUGUGGCCACGAAGGCAGGACCGGUUUGCACUCACGUUCCAUCUCCAGCUUGGCUGUUCUCUGUGGUGUCCCUUCCUUGAGUCAGUAGGAUUCUGCAGCAGGGAGGAACUGGCUUUGUAGCAUCUUCUCUAGGUCCUUCCAGCCUCCCCUGGUGUCCUUGUGAAUUCUCUGUUCAUUUCGUGUUGUCAGUGCACAUCCAGUGUCUAGCUUUUAAACCAGCUUUUCACUC